AUGUCUGCAUCUGUGAGAAAAAGACAAAAAGUAUCUUCCGCUUGUGAGCGCUGCCGUAAGCGCAAACUCGGAUGCGACGCAGAGAGACCUUGUGUCCAUUGCGUCCGCGCGGGUGCCCACUGUAUACCUCGCGAGUCUACAUCAGGAGACAUCGGCACCUCUUCAUCUGGCCAGACAGAUACGGGGAAUAAGCAGGCUCAGACUCCGGGGUCUCCCAUUCUCCCAGAGUCUAGCAUCGUUGACCUAAGUGUUCUUAUGAUACGUGGGAGCGGUUCCAGCCAGGAUUUACGACAUGAUACCUCGUCACUGCCCGGCGGAACGAAGCUCCUGGAAGCCAACACCACGCUCCCUGCCAAGCAUUGGCGUAACGUAAUAGGUGUAGAACUCCCUGCGGACGAUGUUCUUGAACGUUUAGUCGACAGCUUCUUCUCUUCGGUCAACUGGUUCAUGAUGGUCUUCCAUGAAGAUACCUUUCGCAGCCGGUAUGCAGAAAUGCUGCAGCAAACACAAAUCAAGUACCAGGACACGACAUUCUUCUGGACAUGGCUUCUAGUCUUAGCGCUGGGCGCACAUUACGCUGCACUUAGGGAUCCGGACGAUCAGAUGAGUCCUCAGUACCGACAGCUUUCUCGUGAUCUCACUUCUGUUAUUGAGAUGCGGUUCCUGCAAAUUAUUGGAUGCCAGACUGUAGAGACUGUCCAAAUAUGUAUCUUGCUUGGCAGUUUUAUAUUUUAUACGCGGCCUACAACAGGACUGGGUAUAUGUGGCAUGGGGGUCAAAAUCGCUCAGGUCAUUGGACUGCAUCCUAACCGGGACGUUUUCAACAGAUAUGCAGCUGUUGCAUUCGGGCGCCCCUGUAUCAUUGACGACUCUGACUGCCAAGUUGAGAUGAUCUCUGAUAUUGACAUGGAUGGCCAUAGGCAUAUCCCGGCUAGACCGCUCGUUCUCUACCACCAACAUAAGUUCCGUCUAUACAGAAUCAUGGGUGCGUUCUUGGGUCGUAAGAGACAUCGAAACACCUUUGAGUCACUCGAAACAAUACACCAGCGAAUGAUACGGUGGCGCCAAGAACUCCCCGAUGUUCUAACUCUCAAAGGUCAAGAGAGUUCAAUGGAUCCGAGCGUAGUGAAACCAACCGAGAUACAUGCCCUCAGCCUACAACUCACCUAUGACAAUCUACAGAUUAUCCUACAUCGCACAGCAGUUUUCAACAACACCAAUGAGCUAUCCUCUUUCUCGCCAAAGAACAACGCCUCUCUUGAACCAAUCUUCACCUCGGCCAUGGAUACGUCUGGAUUUUCUCGAUAUCCCCGGAUCCUAGACGCCUGCAGAAGAACCCAUGCAGACGUCCAUGUUGGUAUGACCAUGUUCACGGCCGGUGUCGUUCUCUGCGCUAUUUGUCUUUCGCAGCCUCUCACAGAAAUGGGAUCACGAGCAAAGAUGGGAGUUAUGCACAUCACGCGCAUGUGUAGGGAGACUGAACCUAGUCUUUAUAGCGGCCAGCUCAUCUCGAAGCAGAGUCUAGGCAUCAUUGAUAGCUUAGUUGAAGUUAUGCUGCGCCAAGAGACGGAUAUGAUAACGGGAAAGACGAGUUAUCCAGGCUUGCAUGCUCCUCAAAUGAGGCACGACUCAACAUCAUCCAUGCUAGGUUCAUCAUCGGUAGGCAGAAUGAUAGCGCCCAGACCAAACACGACCACAACUAGUCCAAUGGAGUCUAGAAACGAGCGAGUCUUGGACCCCAUUCAAGAAGCAACAGUUUUUAGGCAGCAUAUUUCCACACCAUUGAAUGUGGGUGACAUGGAGCUACAAGGUACGGUCACUGAAAAUCACGAGGCCGAGGCAGAUCAAGGGACUAUGGGCACGUUUAAUUGGGACGGCGAUAUGUCUUCCCUGGUAGACUCGGGGCUCGUCGAUGCUAGUCAACUCUGGUUGUGGGCAGAUACCCUGGACUUUGACUCAUUCAACGAUCCGGCUGUAGAUCCAACGGAAUAA